AUGAUUUCCUCAUCAACAACAGCUCUGGGAAACGUACCGACAGUAACAAACGAACGAAUAUCGAUGAUAUCAAAAGAACCGACGAAUAUUCAACUGAAUGCCGGAGAGCCGAUUCAACUCGAAUGUAAAUUCGUGGCAGAACACUUUACCGACUUCAAUUUGUUCGACUAUCCGAUUAGCUGGCACAAGGGUCAGUUAGACGACUCCAUGCAGAUCAAUAUGGUCAGUAACAUCCUCGAACCAUUUGCUGCUACCGAACGGUUUGCUGUGCAAUACGCCGUCUUCAAUCUUUCCAAUGUUUCAUUUCCGGUUCAUAAACUAGCCCUCCUUGUUUCCACAUCCAUAUCGUUCGCCGAAGUCUACAGGACAAAACAUUUUGAAACUCUUCAACAAAAUGUUGUUGAUGAUAGUGAAAACGAUGAUGAUAUCGCUAACGAUUACACCUAUUCAGACCACCAUUUCAGCAACAACAUCAACAACAUCAACAACAACAUCAACAACAACAACAACUUUAACAACGACAUUGGUGUGCACCUUAAACAUAGAAAACGACGACGAUCAACCGACUUACAUUUCAACAAACAAUCCAAUCGCAGACCUCAAAAGCAUCAACUUUCCUUCACAGAACAUGACUCGUCACCGCAGACAACAUCAACAUCCUCACAUCAACAACAACAUCAACAACAACAACAUCAACAACAAGUAAUUUGCACUGUUCACGGAGGCUAUCCAAGGCCAAACGUUACAAUGAAAUUAGGCAACGUGGAUGUGACAAACUUGUUUGCAGUCAAAUUGGUCCAUCUGCACACGUUGGGCAGCAAAGGUUUUCAAAAAUUUUCUUACCGACUUACAUUUUCGUCAAAGAAGUCCUUGACCUUCAAGUCGCAAGACCAUGGAAAGAAUUUAACAUGUUCUGGCACGGUGGCUGGCCUCCAGUCUGUCAGCGCCGUCAGCUGGAUUAAUGUUUAUUACGCUCCAAAGAUAAGAUGUCGCAAUGCAGUCGCAUCCUUGAACGACCUCGCGGUAACCUUGACCUGUGAGGUGAAGGCCAACCCGGAAGCCACCAUGCUCUUCUGGAUUGUUGAUACGAACAGCACGAAAGUUACAGAUGGACGCGAAAAUAAUGAGUUUUGGAAUAAAAUUAGAGUCUUGGACAAUGGUGCAUUAGAAGCCAGUUUGAACAUCAGACGAGUUGCACAACGUCAUUUCCGCAAUUAUGUCAUCGUAGCCGAAAAUGACAUCAGCUCGCAAUCCGGACACGUCAAACUUCUUCAAAAAUUUCACGGACAAAACGAAAAAAUGAGAGCUCUGAACCUAUACAGCGACUACAUGAACCACAACAGCAGCCACAGCAGCAGCCACAACAGCUACAAAGACAACCGACCAGCGGAGAAUUACUUCAGUUAUUAUUCGAAGCAUUCAAGUGCAAUGGAUCACCGACUGAAACAAAUGCUCCAUUUGAUCUCGCUUCUCACAUACAUAAUGAUGAAUAUGACAAACAAAUUGCUAUUUUGAUUUGUGUUUUUUUAAAUUAUUUUCAAUUUAUAUCUCUUCGCUUCUUCUUGUUCUACUUGUAAUUUUUUAAAAUUUGUAAAUUCUAUAAAUACAUCGCAGGGAUCUGUUAAAAAAAGUUAACAAGAGUGCCGUCGUCUUCAUGUUUCGUGAGCAUCGUUAAUUCAGCGAAAUAAUGAUCCAUUGUGUCGUGUGUCGGUUGUGAACAAUCUGAUUGGAAUAGAUUAUGAAUGAGGUACUAUUUUAAUUAUCGUCAUCAUCGUUAUACGAUCUAGCUGCCAAUGGACGAACAUUGGAAUGAAUUUAAAAAAAAAAUUUAUAAUGGAGGACUUUAUUUCAAUUAUUGAUAAAUCGAUAUCCUGAUUGUUUAAAAUGAUCUAAAGACAACACGCCAACAUAUUUGGUGAAAGUUAUUUUAUUGUUUUUUUUUUUUCAUUUUGUCUGUUUCGUUAUGUGCUGUUUUAUCAUUUAAUUUUUUUCCAUAAAUUCUUCAGACAGCUUAAAUUAAAAAAAUUAGCAUUCAUUUUUAAA